CUUACGUCAUCAAAUGCUAUGAAACUUAACCUAAGUAUCAUGCUGAGUGCGAACGUUGUGCAACGUGGAAUAAGAAAAAUGUCAACGCUGCGUUUAGCCUUGGUGCAGCUGGCAGUCAGCGACAAUAAGGCAGCGAACGUCGCGCGAGCUGUCUCAUUCAUCGAGUCUGCUAAAAAAGAACAGGCCGAUAUCGUGGCGUUGCCCGAAUGCUUCAACUCGCCAUAUGGAACAUCUCACUUUGCGAAAUAUGCUGAGAGUAUCCCGAACGGCGAGACGAGCUUGGCUUUAUCCGAAGCGGCGAGGAGGAACAGCAUUUACGUGAUCGCCGGAACAAUACCGGAGCGAGAGGAUGAUAAGUUGUAUAACACUUGCACCGUAUGGGGGCCCGAUGGAAAACUCGUGGCGAAAUACAGAAAGAUACAUUUGUUCGACAUCGACAUUAAAGGGAAAAUCACUUUCCGGGAGAGCGAUUCGCUGUCGUUCGGGAAUUCCUUGACAACCUUUGAGGCAAGAGGUUGCAAAAUCGGCAUCGGCAUUUGCUAUGACAUCAGAUUCGAGGAAAUGGCGCGACUUUAUAGGAAUAGAGGCUGCCAAAUGUUGAUUUACCCCGGAGCAUUCAACAUGACCACUGGCCCGUUGCAUUGGUCGUUACUGCAGCGUUCCAGAGCAAACGACAAUCAAUUAUACGUAGCCUGCGUUUCGCCGGCACGUGGCUCGCCGCCCGGAUACGUCGCUUGGGGACAUACUCAGUUAACAAAUCCUUGGGGAGAAAUACUUAACGAACUGGACGACUCCGAGGACAUGCUGGUAAAUGAAAUAGAUUUGAAAAUCGUGGAUGAGGUCAGAUCGCAAAUUCCGACGUUCAGUCAACGACGUACGGAUCUGUACGACACCAUUUGGAAGAAGGAUUAGAGAGUUAUAACGUGUGACAACACUCGCGUCGUGUCAUUAAGCAAUCUUGCACGACGACGAGCUAGCUAUCGGGUGCUCUAAAUUUCACACUCGGAUACCCCGUCAAUAAACCUCUCACGCCCACGUCACACACAUACACAGACGCACAAAUAUAUUCUGUGAAGACACGAGCGAACGUAGUUUACAUGUGAAUAUAUUCAUUGGUGGCAAGGUCAUGUGAAUAAACUUUAUUGUUCUAUAA